AUGGGUUCAUUCCCGAAGCAUCGCGUCGUCCUGAUGGUGAUUGCCGGCCUUUUGGUACUCAUGGAUCAUACAUGCGAGGCACAACAUCAUGAGCCAGAACGAGAACCACCACUUAUCAGAGGAAGCGUUCAUAUCAAAAUGCAGAAUGCUCUUGCCGAUAAGUCAGCCACGCUCACGGUCCAUUGCAGUGGACUCCUUGAAGGUGAAGACGACGACCUCGGAUCCCAUGAUGUCGCGCCGGGCUCGACAUACGAGUUCAGAUUCGAGACCGAUAGUAUAUCCGUGACAUCGUACAACUGCAGCUUUCAGUGGCCGCCGAAAAAUUCGCAAAACUUUAAUAUAUUCUCUCAAGGUAGAGACGGCAGAGACGGUGACUUUUAUUGGUUGGUCUCCGACUCAGGACCUUGUCUCGUCGACGUCGGAACCGGCAAUGAGGACUGUAAAAUUUGGUCUUAG